AUGUUCGUGCAAAAAAUACGAAAAUAUAAAAUACUAUGUUGCCAUCUAUUAUUUAUUGCUAAAACAACUGGCAGAGAUGUAAUAGAAUUUAUCAUACAACAUACAGCAAGAAGAUGACUAAUGACUGCACUGUCAGACGAGAAUAAUGAAGUUUUAUUGAAAAAAAUUAAGGGUAUUGAGUAUUAUCACAAACGAAAUAUGACUCCAGUUAGUAAUGAAAGAAGAAUAAGAUAA